GCUGUGCCUAGAAAUCUAGGCAUUCUGGAUAUUGCAUUCAGCAUCGAGAAACGUAUAUUGUGAAUUUAGGAUUUUGAAAAUUUUGAAGUGCAGUUUAUCAGAAUGAUCAACAACGACGAUCAUAAGAAGGAGAAACCUGUAGGCGCUGGAUUUUAUUCAUCGCAUAGUCCUCCUCCAGAUACCAACGUAUUAUGCGAAACUUUGGUCUCCAAAUUGACCGAUAAAAGUGACGAACCGUCGCCGUCCCAACCGAAGCCUCUGAUCCCGAUACGACCAAUUAAGGACCACUCCUUAUCUGUUACAGAUCAACUCUCGGAUUCUGAUAAUUUGGAGAUCGCGGAUGACGAAAGCGACUGGUCUUCUGGACCUCCUUCUCCGGCACCGCUGAAGGCACCACGGGCGUUUGAGAAAAGUGAUAAUUUAUACGAAAAACAAACCGAUGCAGAAAAAGAACAAGAGGCGGAGGAAUUUUCGUGGAACGCUGAAAACUUUCAACAGGAAGGCUUACCUAUACCUAAAACGGAAAACACAUACCAGCCCUAAGCUAAUUCUUGGAGCAAUGAACCUCUCUUUUCCUGAUCAACCAAAUCUCGACUUAUCUAAUAACAUAUAUAUUUGAAUAAGAUCGAUCAAAUAUACAUUUCAUGUGUCUAUUAAAAUAUUAACCUUAAAUGUUUAGCUGUAAUUUUUAAAAUAUCUGAAUGUACUAGAAGCUUCUGUAACAUUGUAAGGUUACUAAGGAAUUGGUUGUAUUAACCUUAAUUUGAAUAAUUAUUUGUUUUAACAUUUGAUUACACAAUUUGAAACUAAUUACAAUUCUAUGUAUACGUAUGUUAUUUAAAUUGUCUCUUUUUAAAAAGACUUCAAAUAUCAAAACAACGAUUAUAUUUUUUUUAUACAUUUGUAUUUUUAAUAUACUUUGUAUAGUCUGGUAUACUUUUGACUAGCAUUUCUAUGUUGGUAUAUCUCAUAAUGCUGUUAUGUUAGCUAUAAUAACUUUUUGACAAUUUUCGUCAAAUUAUGAUAUUGUGGGUAGAUUUAUCGUCCAGUAACAAAUGUCUCUGUAAAUAUAAAAUUAAAAGUGACCUGAUAUUUUCAUUUUGAAGUAAUGAGAGCACUGUAUUGUAAGCGCGCAGCGAAGCUGCAGCAGAUGAACGAUCGGGUCGCUUUUAAAGAUAUCUUCAUAUUUAUGUAUGUUGCUUCUCUUUCGAGUUUUGCAAAAAAAAAAUAAUAUUCUUUGUUUAAGUAUAGUCAGUAGAGUUCGUUAUCUGAGGAUUCUUUAAGAAUGGAAUAAUACAAGGUUUUGAUAAGGUGGUUCGUUAGGGUGCGCGAAAUCAACGACGGGGUACUAAAUCGCCUACUUAAGAGAAUAAAUAAAAUCGAUAAGUAAAUAUUGGGAAAUUCCAUUUAAAUAUUGACUUGAAAAAGUCAUUUUCGCAGUUUCUAUAGUUGGUAUGUAUAUCUUUAAAUUUGGAAAACGCAAAAUAUUGAAAUUAAUAUAACUGUAACUUUGUUUGGAUUUUAAUGAAAAUUUUAAAGUAAUCCAAGAAUUAAGCGAAAGAGCGGAAUGAAAUACAUAUAUGAGUAGUGUGUAAAUAAAUACGUCAACUGACUAGCGAUAAGUUAAAAUCAAAGUUUAUUUAUGUACUUGUUUAUAUUCGAGUUGUAUUUCUAAAAUACUAUUAUUAUUACAGGCGAAAGAGUUUUCUCGAUCCCUUUAGAUUAGUUACUCACUCCCGCGGUCGCUCUCUAAACUUGCCGUAACGGAGUAAGAGGGUGUCAGUUUUCCUACUAUAAACCAAAAGUAUCACGUAUUUCAGGUAUGUGCUUAACAUAUUUUAUAUCUUUAACCAUUCAUUGUUAUAAUAUUGUUGUUUGUUUUGAAAACUUUAUCUAUAUUUUAAAACUUUGACUUUAAUUGACAUAUUGAUGUGUCAAUGUAUCGGAGUUCAGUGUCGUCUUCUAGUAUUUGUUCUUCCGACAGAUCGCACAGUAAGAUCAAGUCAUAUCUUUUCGAUGUAUGUGUUUAGAUAGAUUACUCUUCACGUAUCACGGUUAUAAUUUAAGUUACAAUUCAAAACGAAUACAUGAAGGUGUCAAGUAAAAAAAAGCGAAAGACUUAUACAUAUUAUAUGUAUAUAUACAUCUUUAUAUCUUUAUUAUUAUUAGGAAGGAAUAUUUAAAGGUAUUUGUUUUUAAAUUUAGGAAUUUUGAUAUUUAUAUUGUUUUAACUAAAACGAGUACUAUACUCAUAUAUUUUGUUAGUAAACACAUUAUUUUGCUAAAAUGUUCUUUUAAAAAACUGUUUAUAAGUUUAUCUUAAACUUGUACCUUAAUAUGUACUGGAGUGGCGCAAGGAAUGUCAAUGUAGGAUUUAAUAAAUGUAUUAAAUGUCAAA